AUGUGAAAUGUGGCAGAGUUUAGGGAGGGGCCCUGGUGGUUGGGGUUGGGAAGCAAGGAAGUGGGGAUCAUGGCCUGCCUCAGCCCGACCCCAAUCCAACCCCAAAACUGGGACCAACUCAAUCCCCAUUUCUUUUUUGUGCAACUGGAUAGCCACCACCAUCUGCACACUGUUAUGUCAUCAUCAUCCUCGGAUGGCAUGAUCAUCAUCACCAUCAUCCUCCCCCUUCCCCUUCUUAUUAAGAUAGCUUCCUCCCUCCUUCCUUCCCUCCCACUCUGUCCCUGAUCACUUUACUCAUACACCUCCACCUGUGGAAGCUUUGGCAAGGAAGGUCAGAAAGGCAUCCAGAAAAACGAGAGAGAGCACCAUAUAUCAUGAUGGCUCUGGAGGCUUCACCGGAAGCGCGACCAGUCUUGCAGCCUGCAUGUAAUCGAGUCCCAAACUUGGAGAACCAUCGGAAGGUUGUGAAGAAACAGCCACAAUCAAAGCCACCUUCGUCUUCACCGGCACCACCUUCUGCUGCUAGUCUAACCUUCCCUUCAAAAACUGUACUCCCAAAAUCAUCACCGUGCAAACCUGCCACCAAGCCUUCCCCACCAUUAUCCCCCAAAUGCAGCAAGCCUUUGGCUUCCUUGGCGGUCCUCAAGCGCGCCAGCGCCGGCGACCCUCGCAGCCUUAACUCCAGCAUCGACAAGCAGAGCUGCAGCUACACCCCCAUCUACUCUGCCAACAACAGCGGUUCCUCUUAUGCCUCUCCUCCUUCUGCUGCUAGUACUUGCACAAGCGGCAUUACUUCUUUGAAACUGUCAUCCUCUUCGCCGCGUCUUGUGAGAGGUAGGAAGAAGUCGAAGAGUACUGCAGACGCACUCUGCGACUUUUCUUCCAUAUUGCUCAAGUCGCCUGGCAGCAUAGCUGCUGCAAGAAGGGAGCAAGUCAGCCUUCUUCAGGCACAGAGGAAGCAAAAAAUUGCUCACUAUGGGAGGACGCCCAAGGCUGGAGUGAAACCCUUGCAGGAGGAACCUCUAACGCCCACCAGUGAAGCACAGGAGCACAAGAAAUGCAAUUUUAUCACUCCCAAUUCAGAUCCCAUCUAUGUCAGGUACCAUGAUGAGGAAUGGGGAGUCCCUGUUCAUGAUGACAAGAUGUUGUUUGAGUUGCUGGUUUUGGCGGGUGCUCAAGUGAAAAUGGAUUGGACUACCAUCUUGAAGAUGCGUGUUGCUUUCAGGGAAGCUUUUGAUGGUUUUGAUGCUGAGUUGAUUGCUAAAUUCAGUGAGAAAAAGAUUGCGUCCGUAAGUACUCAGCUUAGCAUCGAUGCGAGCAUAAUCCGUGGUGUUGUUGACAACUCCAAAAGGGUGAUUGAGAUAAAAAAGGUAUUUGGUUCGUUGGAUAACUAUAUAUGGGGAUUUGUAAAUCACAAGCCAAUGUGCCCAGAGUACAGGUCCUGCAGGAAGAUCCCUGUGAAGACAUCCAAAUCGGAGGGCAUAAGCAAGGACAUGGUGAAGAGGAACUUCAGAAACGUGGGUCCUACUGUCGUCCAUUCAUUCAUGCAAGCAGCUGGCCUCACCAAUGACCAUCUUGUAACUUGCCCACGCCAUGACCACUGCACCUCGUUGGCAACUCCCUUCAUGUCAUCAUCUCAAUAACCCUCAAACUCUUUAAGAAAAGGAAAAGGAAGCAGAAAUAUAGAAACAAAAGGAAUAUAUAGAUAUAUACUUUGAGUAACUUGUGAGUAAUUUCUAACUAGAUUGUGACUAGUGUUCUUUCUUCUCUCUGUAAGACGACGAUGUUAAUCUAAGAAGGUAUCUGUAUCUGUGCUUGUUAGUUGAUGUGAAGUUAUGAUUGAUUUAAGGGUGAAUGAAUGGAAUCAAAGACAUGAGAAGUGGGGAGGUGUUGGAAAGGAGAAAAGAAAAGAAAAGGUGGGAUGUUUUGGAGAAGAGCAUGUGCGUUGCCAGGCAAUCCAUGUGUGUGAUGUCAGUUGCACUCCGUUGGCUUUUUGAGCUCUCCAUGUGACUAUGGCCCACGACUCCUUCCUUUUACAGGCUGUGCCCAAGCUAGGAGGACCACGGCACACAUGUUGGGUCUUUCUCUUCUUUGUUUAUCUAUGGCCUCAUCCCACUUGCCAGUAUUGCUAAUUCAUUCUCUAUUCUAACCCUUUUUUUAAGGCAUCACUGCCACUUCAGUGUACACUUUGCGUCAUGUGGGUUUGUUGUUUUUUGUGUGCUGCCCAUGAUAAGUUGUAUCAUGACACCUGUGUAUUCUAUUCUAUUAAAUGGCAAAUAGCUUUUUCUUCUUUA